GGCGGCUCGCGUGGUAAUCCAGGCCCUGGCGGCUGUGGUGCUGCAGUGGUCCGCAUUGGAAACGUACGGGGUGGACAUGAGAUCUGUUGGGCCGUUGGCAUGUCCUACGCGGCAGCCAGCACGACCAAUAACGUGGUGGAGAACAUGGGGCUCCUGACAGGGCUCAAGGCGUGCCUUCGUUUUGGCUGGACGCCACUUCAUGUGGUAGGUGACAGCAACCUCAUCAUUCAUCAGCAGAAGACGCGGACACCGCCACGCGCCAAGCAUUUACGACCGCUGUAUUGGCAAAGCCGAAGGGUGGCCGACAAAUUGGCGGUCAUCUCCUGGCAGCACCACCCUCGUGCGCACAACAGCAAGGCAGACGCCCUCGCAAACAUGGCGAUGGACUCACGCCGCAGCUUUCAAAGAAACCUUAACCGAGUCUGUGGCUCCGACUCGAUUUGGGACGACGUGUACAACUACGCUUCCGGCGACGUUAGUCACUGGAUGGAGCAAAACAGCGAUGAGAACUCCUCGGGGUUAGCGGCCUUC